AAACAACAAACUACGAACAGAUUGAAUAGAUAAAAUUUUGAACAACAAACAGAUCAGAAAGCACAGACGUCAAAAUUAACAACAUAAAAAAGCAGCAACAACCCUAGAGGCGAACAAGUCUAUGUGAAUAAUAAUAAAGCGCUUACAUUUUACUUUUGCUUAAACGCUGUGAAAGGUCUUUUGAUCCACUCUGCUUGCUAUAUGCAUUUUUUUUGGCCUUCAGUACGUGCUGUACGUGGUUGCGUCACGGAUUUGCCCACGUGUAGAUGUUUUUGCUCCUCGUGCACGUCGACUGAAGGAGAAAAAGAGGUUUAACAAAGUCCGAGUGGGAUUGAGGCACAUUAAAGAAUAUUUAGGUAAAUUACAUAAAAUAAUAUAGCAAAUAGUGGCAGUAUCUGUGGUGUAAUCUUUGUUAAAUAUACAAUUAAGCAUAAAUAAGAAAAGGCAUAACAUAUGAUGCCUUCAUGGUACAUGGGAUACCCCCAAAGUGGUAAAAAGUGUAUUCCACACCUUUGAAUAAAACCUAUCACAAAAUUUAUCUGUUAGCCCUAUUUAUGUUCAUCUAUAUAAGGUCUAUGGUGCAUUUGAGUUCAUAAAAAAUAGUACAUAAUGGUAAUUUGUUUGCCCUGACAGAGAAAUAGGCUCGCCAGUCUGACAAAAGUUUUCUGCUGGGAGUCAAAAUGUAAAACAUAAGAUGGCUGAGAACAUGAAAAACAAAAUAGUGUUAGACAAUUCUAAAAGAGUCAUAGAACGAAGUAAGUAAAAAUAAACAUUUUUAGAUUGACAGUAUACGUUUUGUAAUUGAAGUUACAUUUCAAAAGUAUAAGUAAAUGUGUUUUUUCCCGAUGAAAUCGUGGACACUGAACAUAGCAUGCGGAGUGUUAAGUCCCUCCCCGCAUUUGACAAACGCGCGCGCACCUUGUGCUUGUAAACAGAAGCUCACACGUGACACGGAGAGCGGAGCCGAGUCGCGCGACCGUAUUGUCUGAACGGACAAAGAAGCGUACUGUGAGCGCGAGCUUCGGCCAGGUGAGCGGCCAGGUGUUAUGGCAACCGGCGUUAUGUGCGGCAACACGAAGCCGAGCUUUUGCUCUUUUACAGACCGAGGUCUGGGAACGCGUUCGGUCGCUUGAACUUAAUGUCUGAACCGCAAAUCCUUGAGCUCGGUGGGAGAACAUCGUUGACUGCGUUGUCGCUGCGCUCACGCACACAGCUGGUUUACUAAACUGGAGAGCCUUUGUUGUUCCGACGCUAAAUCUCGCUGUUAAGGAUUUUCCCCCCCACACCCUCUGUCGCUGUCGUCAACUAGCAGUAGCCUUUAGCCUCGACGUCGGAACAAAUUUAUUUCCGAAUAACCUCAAUCUGUGCUUUCAGCGGCCGGAUGAGAUGUCAUUCGCCAUGGAGGAUAAUUUGGAGUCCGGAUGGGUGUCAGUCCGACCCAGAGUGUUCGACGAGAAAGAGAGGCAUAAAUUUGUUUUCAUCGUGGCCUGGAACGACAUCGAGGGAAAGUUCGCCAUAACCUGCCACAACAGAACCGUCCAGAGACGGAGCACUUUUCUGGACUUGGAUUGUAGCCCCGCGGCUGCGCUUCCUGUCCCCGCUGCUGCUGCUGCUGCUGCUGCUAAAAGUCCGGCCAAAGCGAAGAAAGACGAAGCCUGUCAAGCUGGUAAACUUAGACCGCACUCUGUCCCGACAGGAAAACCCGCAACAAACACCAGAGCCGGAGACAGAAAGACUGUAACAGAUGAUAGCUUGAAGGCGUUCGAGUGCGUCAGCCUCACGUUAGGGUCCUGGAAUAUUGUUACACCGAAGGAGAUGGACAUGGAGAUCCUGGACGUCCCUUCGUCUCCGGAGGAUGCGGACCCGGGAGACGGGGAGCUCAGCCUCCGGGAGGACUUCAGCUGGGCCGGCCUUUUCUCCUUCCAGGACCUGCGGGCGGCCCACCAGCAGCUGUGCGCCGUCAACUCGGAUCUGGAGCCCUGCUUGCCCCUGUUCCCGGAGGAGCAGUCCGGCGUGUGGACGGUGCUGUUCGGCGCCCCGGGGAUGUCGCAGCGGGAGACGGACGCGCUGUGCUACCAGCUGCAGGUGUACCUGGGUCACGCCCUGGACACCUGCGGCUGGAAGAUCCUCUCCCAGGUGCUUUUCUCCGAGGGCGACGACACGGAGGAGUACUACGAGAGCCUGAGCGAGCUGAGGCGGAAAGGCUACGAGGAUGCGCUGGAGGCGGCCAAAAGGCGGAUGCAGGAGGUGUUGGACAAGCACAAGGCCAUGGACAGCAUGGUGGAGCUGCUGCAGGUGUACCCCGAGGAGGACGAGGCGUACGGCGAGCUGCUGGAGGCGACGACUCAGCUGUACCACUACCUGCUGCAGCCCUUCAGGGACAUCAGGGAAGUGGCAACGCUGCGGCGGCAGCAAAUUAAGAUCUGCCUGGAGACGGAACGUCUCGGCCCUCGCCGUGUGGAGAGCCUGAGGAAAGAGGACGAGGAGUGGCAGAAGAAGGCUCAGGCUGCCGUGCUCGCCAUUCAAGACCUGACUGUGAAGUUCUUUGAAACCACAACCCGAGCUCAGAAAGCUCUGUAUGAGCGGAUGCGCGCCGACCAGAGGAAGUUCGGAAAGUCGGCGUGGGCCACGGCAAUCGAGCGCAUGGAGCGGCUGCAGUACGCCGUUUCCAAGGAAACCCUGCAGCUCAUGAGGGCCAAAGAAAUCUGCCUGGAACAGAAGAAGCACGGCUUGAAGGAAGAGAUGCAGAGUCUGCAGGGUGGGGAGGACGCAAUGAUGCGUCUGGACCAGCUGGAGGCGCUGUACUACGAACUGCAGCUGCAGCUGUACGACAUUCAGGCCGAGGUGCUGCGCUGCGAGGAGCUGCUGCUGACCGCGCAGCUGCAGAGUCUGCGCAGGCAGAUGAUGGAGCGACAGGAUGAGGUGGUCUACUACGACGCCUUCGAAAGCCCAGACGCCAUGAAGGGUGAAGAGGAGCCUGCGUCCCCUCCGUCGCCCCUCAGAGAUGAAGAACUGUGCGCCCUUCAGCAGAGGACGCGGCAACUGGAGGCCCGGAGAGGCCGCAUCACUGCCAAGAAAGUCUACCUCAAAAACAAGAAGGAAAUCUGUAUCUUCAAUCACAACCAGAAAACCCAGCAGCGCCAAGGAAGCAAUGUCGACUUCGACUCUCUGCAGGGAGGAGAAGCUGCAGAAGGUGAUGAAGCAAAGAGAAAUGUAACUGUGAGUCAGGAAAGGCAGAGGGCUCUGGACAGACUUCGCAACCUCAAACAGCGUUAUCCGGGUCAGGUGACCCUCCGGUCCAGUCGCCUGCGCCUCUCCCAGACUCCCGGCCGGAGGCGAGCGGCGCAGCAGCCCAGCACCCAGGCGGUCAGCGUCCAGACCGACUCCAUCUCCGACCUCCCAGAGCUCUCGGCUCCGCCCCCGGCUGACGUCUACAGCUGCGAAGGCGCCUCGCUGCCCUCCAUCGACCUCCACAGCGUGGAAGCGGCGCCCCCUUUUCUCUCGCUGCCUCCCCUCUCGUCGUCUCCGUCUCUGCUCUCGGCGGGGCCGCCUGCCGCGCCUCCCCCGCCGCCUCCGCCUCCUCCUCUGCCUCCCCCCCCGCCUCCUCAAUCGCUUCCUCCCUUCGAAAGCCAAGCGAGCUGCCCGACCAAGAUUCAAAAGUGCGAGUCUGAAUGCGCCUCGCUGCCGCUCGCUCCGUUUUCCCCGCGGUUCUUUGACAGCAGCCAGCUGCUGACUGCCAGGAAGAAGCUGAGGAAGACCGCAUCGCUGGACUCCUCACAGUGGAGGAAAGCGAGCUCGCCCAUGGACGAGGUGCUGGCCUCGCUGAAGCGCGGCAGCUUCCACCUGAGAAAGGCCGAGCUGCGCGUCCUGGGCCCCGACCCGGACGACGACAGCAACAACAUCCUGGCUCAGAUCCGGCAGGGCGUGCGUCUGAAGAAGGUCCGUGCCCGUCCGGAGCAACAGCGCCACCCCAAGAGCUUCCUGCACUCCGCCGACGCCCUGACCCGCAGCAUCCACGAGGCCCUGAGGAGAAUCAAGGAGGCCUCGCCGGAGUCGGAGUCUGAGGACGAAGGCCUGCCUUGCACUGACUGGGAAAACUAACAACGAGGCUUAAAUGUUGAACUUGAUUUUUUUUUUAAUUCUACACGGCCAAAACAGAGAGAAAAUGAGGAUCAUGAAAUGAGUCAAACAGAGAAGCCUGGGUUACCUGAAGGCGCCUUGGUGCAACUAGAACAACAAAAAAAAGUUGCGUUUUUUUUGGAGGGGGGUUAUUAUUCCAUACUUGUGUUUGUAAAGACUUGUUGUUUUUAAGGUGUUGCUGUUGCGGUUUUGGAGAGGGCACAACCUCCGACCUCCUGUUACAUCCGAGUCGUACUGUAGCUCCUUGUGAUGGGUUUGUUUGAAGAAGGAAACGUUUGCUCCUUUCUGCUACGAGAGACACGUACUCUGUGUCACACCUUCCAACUUUACUUCACAGCAACUAUUUUUACCGCUCAAGAGUACCUGCAAAUCUCACAGAAGUGUCCCUGACCACUGAAAGGAGCGGUGAGCUGUGAUAGCAAGAGAAAACCAUGGGGUCCAUUAAAGAAGGCAGGAAAUCAAAUCAUAUUAUUCUAAGACAAAAAUCAAUUCCUUUCGUGAGAACAACGUGUUUUAUUAACCUUUGAUUUCUGUUUCUUUGAAAUUCUGUUAAUUUCUUUGUGUUUUGCCCUCGCGAUCAGGCCGAACUUUACGAUUUACUUUUAAUCAAAACAGGGAAGCAUUUUGAGGCUAAAACGGUACAAUGUAUAGACAAUUUCACUUUAAACCGUAUUUGUUGUUCAGGGCUUCCCCAAGUCUAUUUUAAGCCUGGCGGGCCACCAGGCUUUAUUUGCCUGCCCACCAGGCUAAGUGUCGUUUGUUUAUUUUAAAAAGUUUUUUUUUAUAUACCAAGUGACAGAAAGGACGGAUUGAGCUAUGUUUAUAGUGGAUGCAUUGAAUUGCGCCUCGCACAUUAUUUCAAAAUUAUGAUGCCUGCUUGUGCAUCUCCAAACUUUUGUAACUUUUAACAUUUUUCAACAUAAAAAACAUGGCGGUCCGUCAAUGAACUGCCAAGGUUUUGCCUAGUUUUCUUGGGGAAACCCCGGCUAUUAUGACGUUUUGGCACUAGCAGAGGUUUAACAAAUGGAUAUCAGCUGGUUAUUAGUUUGAUUUAUCUGUCCUGUCGUCUUCUAUCAACCAGCUUAUUAGCAGUGUGCAGCAUUCAGACCUGUAGGAAUGCUAAUUGUGACUUUCUAAAUCUUCGGUAUACCUCGAUAAGGCGGCCUGCCGAGCAUAGACGCUGUUCAUGCCAGCUCAGUAUUUUUGAUGAAAGCUGUUUUUGUUGCCUCCAUUUCAACAGUAAAGAGUUGUAUGAAUGCGUUUUUGACGGUGUGACGUAAUUGGCUGCUUUUAUCGCCAUGCGAGACGAUGAAAUAUAAGAUUUACUGUUCUGUUUACUCGUAAUCUCAGCUGUGAGUUGGUUAGCUUCACUGGGAAGAAACUGAAACAUCAGACAAAACAAUUUCAGAUGUAGGAAGCAGUUAUAACGUAGUUCAGUCAAAAUGUGAUUAGAUUAAAUGCUUUUUUUCCCCCCAUUCUGAUUUGAUGUCAGGUUCAUUGGGACUUCACUGCCCCCUGGUGGCAGGUGCUCAUCUCCUCUCACAUUACAGCAUGAGGCGUUUCCAAGAGAUGAUUUUUCUUUGCCUUGUUUUUUUUUUGUGGACUUUGUGUUAACGUUUGGUGUGUGAGUGAUUAUUUUAGUUUUUUAUUAUUAUUAUUUAAUGUUUUUAAAUAUGUUUUUUUAUACUGAAAAUCAGUUUCUUUGACAAAUUAUGCAUCAAGUACUGUGGCUUACUUGCAAGAUAUAUUUUCUUUUCCCCCUCGUAGGUAAGUAGCAGGAUUGUUUGCUGCAUUUUUUUCCCCCCGCUUGUUUUUAAUAUUUGUUGAAUGCCGAUUUACAGUUUCACUUUUGGUUAGAAUUGAAAAGUAAAGCACAAUUGUAAACAAAAAAAGAAAAUCGUAAGGAAUUGAACUCCCCAACAGACCAGAGAGAAUUGAACACUUUUAUCUUAGCAUAGCUUAGCGUUAGCUUCCUCCGGCUUUUAGAAGCUCCAACACAGAGCGCACUGUUUACAUCGUUUUACGUUAGCAUAUGCUAAGCUAACUGUGGCGUCACAAGUAAUCUGGAUUUAUUUGCGUGCAGUUUCUUUUCCUGAGCCUCUGUGAAGCCGUCACAGCGAACCAGGGUUUGUGUUUUCCAGUUUAAUGGGAAAAAAGCGACCAAGAAUCCAACUUGAUACUUUUUUUUUUUUUUGGUUGUUGCUAAACUAGCGUCCAGUUUUAGCAACUUUUGCACAAGACUGGCUUGAGGAGGGCAAACCCAUCACAACGUAUGUGCAAUAAUGAAGAUCGGAGGGGAAAAAAAACAAACAAACUCAUUUUAUGAUUUAUACUGUUGACAAAUGUAAAUCAAGAGAAAUGUAUCCACAUGCCUAAAUGUAUUGAAGUAUUUAUUGAAGCGUCAUAUUUUAAAGAUGUUUUUAAAUGUACUUGAUGAUGUUCCCUAUCACGCCAUUCCUCUCUCUGCUUUUCCAUAACCAAAAAAAAAAUAUAUCUUUAUUUUUCUUUUCAUAUUAAAAGCACCAAAAACAUCUGUCUUUUUAAAGUUCUUUCAUUUUUAUUUUUGAAGCAUUGAAGAAGAGAGACUAUUUAAGCAAUAAGUGGUGGCUGAUCUAUAAAACUUUAUACAUAUGGAAGUUCAUGUUGACCCUUUCGGUGGCUGAGAUUUUUCUUUUUUUUUUACCAUCUUGUUUGGAGUGUAUCUAUGGAGGACCAAAACUGACAUAAAACUAAAAGCAAAAUAUAUAUCUGUGUACGAACCAAAGCUGAUGUUUGCUCUGUUUUUUUUUUUUUUUUAUUGAACUGGAGAACUACUAUGAUUCUCCAGACUGCAAAAUAAAGAGACCGAAGCACUGCCUUCAUCAGAUUUUCUUUUAAUAUAAACUUAAAAUUACAAUUUGUGUUUUAUCAGCAUGUGUCUUCACUCCACAUUUACAAUUUUUUUCUUCAAAUGACUUUUUCAGCAACAACGCCACACAUGGUCGCCUUUAAAGUUUAAAGCCGCCGCUAAAAGUCACCCCACGUUUGACCCGAACCAAGAACAAGCCCUUAAAUUAGUGUUCUGCAGGUGUUCAUACUGUAGCAUAUUCUUUCAUUUUUGGCAACAGGUAAUCCCGCAAGAAAAAAAAUAAAUAAAAAGCCCAAACGUACCAUCAGUUAGCUACCAUUGAUGCAUCUUGGUGCCCAAGGCAACAUCAGCAAGAGUUCAGAUCUGUACAGGAACAAACAGUAUUUGGCAAAAAGAAAAAAAACCAACAAACUAAUUCGGUCGUGUCACGAUUUCCUUAAGCUCUCGGAAAUGAAACCAUCUUCACAGCCACGCACCAGACAAUAAAAUUAAAUUAACAUUUUACAAUGUUUAUUAUUCGAAAUAUUUUAGUAAUAAAUAAUAAUAAAAAAAACCCAAUUCAAACCAUUGCACUUAAUGCAUCGAAAAGGGGAAAAACAAAAACAAAAACGGAAAGAAAUCUGAUUCACCCACACAAACAGAAGAGACUGAAGAAAAUCCUGAAUCGCUUUUGGUUGAAACCAGUCGGCAGGAGCAGGAAGGUUACCUGAAAGUGAGAGUGGAAAGAGUUCGCAGUCCCUCCUUUAGCGUAUUGCUCAUAAAUUGUAGAAGAA